UCCCGGCGCAGUGAUACGAGGCGCACCAAUGAGUUCAAAUGUCAGGAAGUUUGAGGAGGGGUGAGGCGGCUCGGGGCCGGAGUAUCCCUCCGCCGCCAGCCCCAGCUCUAAACCGAGCGGCUCCUCGGGCGCACCAUGGCACUGGAGUAGUGCGGGGAGCGCGCCUGGAGCCCCGCGGCCUGCUGCGCCCCGCCCGGGACCCUGCUGCGACGCCCGCGCCCCCCCAGCCCGCGGGGCCGCCCCUGCACCCCCGCCCCCUCCCCCGCCCGCCGCCGCCGCCGCCGCCUCCUCCUACUCCUCCGGGCGGCUCCGCGUGCCGCCCGCUGCUGCAGCCGGGACCCGGGGCUGACAAGCAGGUGACAGGCGAGCAGCGAGUGCGCGUGGCUGCGAGUAGCCGGUAGAGAGCGGCGCGCGGGGCUGCCAGCCGCCCGGGCCCUCCCGCACGACGCCGGGGCCCGGGGCCAGCGCGCCGCCGCUCCACGCUCGCCCCGGGGCAGCGGGCGGCCCCGACCCCGCGGGCGCCGCGCCUCCCCGGCUGCAGCGGAGCGGGCGGACGGGCCGGAGGGUGAGCGGCCCAGCCGGCGGGGUCCGCAGCGCGCCGGGCGUCCCAUGGAUAUAGCAACAGGUCCCGAGUCGCUGGAGAGGUGCUUCCCUCGCGGGCAGACGGACUGCGCCAAGAUGUUGGACGGCAUCAAGAUGUUGGACGGCAUCAAGAUGGAGGAGCACGCCCUUCGCCCCGGGCCCGCCACCCUGGGGGUGCUGCUGGGCUCCGACUGCCCGCAUCCCGCCGUCUGCGAGGGCUGCCAGCGGCCCAUCUCCGACCGCUUCCUGAUGCGAGUCAACGAGUCGUCCUGGCACGAGGAGUGUUUGCAGUGCGCGGCAUGUCAGCAAGCCCUCACCACCAGCUGCUACUUCCGGGAUCGGAAACUGUACUGCAAACAAGACUACCAACAGCUCUUCGCGGCAAAGUGCAGCGGCUGCAUGGAGAAGAUCGCCCCUACCGAGUUCGUCAUGCGGGCGCUGGAGUGUGUGUACCACUUGGGCUGUUUCUGCUGCUGUGUGUGCGAGAGGCAACUGCGCAAGGGGGACGAGUUCGUGCUCAAGGAGGGCCAGCUGCUGUGCAAGGGUGACUAUGAGAAGGAGAAAGACCUGCUCAGCUCCGUGAGCCCGGACGAGUCUGACUCUGUGAAGAGUGAGGAUGAAGAUGGAGACAUGAAGCCGGCCAAGGGGCAGGGCAGCCAGAGUAAAGGCAGUGGAGAUGACGGGAAAGACCCGAGAAGGCCCAAACGGCCCCGAACCAUCCUCACCACACAGCAGCGAAGAGCUUUCAAGGCAUCCUUUGAGGUCUCCUCCAAGCCCUGUCGGAAGGUCCGAGAGACAUUGGCAGCAGAGACAGGCCUCAGCGUGCGUGUGGUCCAGGUCUGGUUUCAGAACCAAAGAGCAAAGAUGAAGAAGCUGGCCCGGAGACACCAGCAACAGCAGGAGCAGCAGAACUCCCAGCGGCUGGGCCAAGAGGUUCUGUCAAGCCGCAUGGAGGGCAUGAUGGCCUCCUACACGCCGCUGGCCCCUCCGCAGCAGCAGAUCGUGGCCAUGGAGCAGAGCCCCUACGGAAGUAGCGACCCCUUCCAACAGGGCCUCACGCCGCCCCAAAUGCCAGGUGACCACAUGAACCCCUAUGGGAACGACUCCAUCUUCCACGAUAUCGAUAGUGAUACCUCCCUCACCAGCCUCAGCGACUGCUUCCUCGGCUCUUCCGACGUGGGCUCCCUGCAGGCCCGCGUGGGGAACCCCAUUGACCGGCUCUACUCCAUGCAGAGCUCCUACUUUGCCUCCUGAGAGCCAGCCGGGCCGCAUGGACGCUUGGGCCUGGGCCUAGGGUGGAGCCACAGGCCUCUGCAGCCAGCCGGCCCCCCAGCCCACCACCCGCUCAGACUCUUCAGACAGCCAUACGGUGCCCUCCCCUCGGCCAGCCAGACCUGGCUCAAGUGCCCACCGGGCACAGCCAGGCAAGGCAGAUGGGUGCAGCCUGGGCAGGGACUGUGUCCUGCCCACAGAGACCUUGUGACCCCUGGGGACCCAGAGCUCUUGGACAGUCACUUGCCUCCCAGUCCUUUGACUUCAUCACUACCUUCCCCGUCCCCGCCUCUUUUUGGGGGAAGCUUAAAUUUGUUCGUUCUUUCUUUUCUUUCUUUCUUUCUUUCUUUCUUUCUUUCUUUCUUUCUUUCUUUCUUUCUUUUUUUUUAUAAACAUUCUGUUUCCAGCCAACCUCCAUUGUCCCUGCAAGGCCAGCCCUGGGACAGUGCCUGGUACCCGAGAAACAGUUAUACGGGUGUCCUGCGCUGGAGACCACUUCCCCUUCUGGUUAGCUCGGGGGAUGGUUUCUGGGUCCUGGGAGGCCCAGGGUCACUGUUCCCAGCCCUAGGCUGGAGCACAGGAGAGGAGGGCCCAUGCAGGUGUGACAGGCUCUUUGGCCCUGCCUGAACUGGGAGUCUCAGCAAGAGGAGGGAUGUGGACAAAGCCCAGAGAGACCCAAAGGGACAGAGAUGCGCGCACGUAAAGCCACUCACAUCUGUAGGCACACCUGUGCAAGCAUGCAUAUAUACACCUGGUGCACACGCACACAAAGAUGGAAGAGCUGCCUUUCCUUUCCAGAAGCAGCGGUGAGGUCAGCGAGCAGGGCCUACCUCUAAGAGCAAUUGGAGAGGGAGGAAGGACGUAGGCCUGAGGUGUGAGCAGACAGACCUGGGUGGACCCCAGGCUCUGUACAGGUCAUGACUGCCAGGGCAGGAGGGUAGUCACAAACCUACAGGUCCCAGGGCAAAGCUGGAGUCCAGAGAACCCAGUAUACACAGACCUCAGCAGACACUCCAGAUGGAGAGGACCUCAAGAGUCUGACCCUUGGUACCAUCCGAUACUUAACUCCCUCGGUCCUUCUUCUUACCCAGGGCCAGCGAUGGCCAGCUGCCCUCCUUGUGGGCUCCCCUGACCCUCAAUCUCCUCUUGCCUGUCAGCUGAGGCUGUCCGCUGGCAGGGCUCCUGACCUUAGCCAGCUCGCACUCAACAAGGCCAGCACCUUCUCUGCUCUUGGCACCUUAGCUCUGCUGAUGCGGCUUAGGUCUCAUGACUUUGGAGCCCCAUCCUUGUUCCAUAAUGACCCCCCUCCCCGGGGCCUCACACAGGCACAGUGACAAGCUACAAACUCCUUCAAUAUGUGUGGAUGGGAUGUUGAUUGCUUAGAGCCCAUGGAAGACCACCGCUUGUACCUGGUUGCCUUUCCUUUUGUUGGCUCAGUCAGCUUGGGGCGUUACUCUGAAGCCACUGUAUCUGUUCCCUCUGUCUCAGCUGCAUCAGGUCAGCCCUGUGGGGCGCCCCACAGAAUCCUUGCACAGUUAUAGGCCACCAGCAUUUCAGCCUCCUGAGUCACCCCCAGCCCCCAGUCUCCUGGACUCUUCCUGCCUGAAGCUGAAGCAGCCGUGGUUCUUUCCUUGUCACCCCCCCCCCGCACACCACCCCCCAACCUCUGGCAAGCACUGUGUUCCAGGCCAGAAGCCCAGGAGAAGGCUGCCAUUCAUUUAACGCAGACUCCUAGCCACCCCUCACCCACCAACCCACCCGUCCUGAUGUCUGCCGAGCUCUAGCUGUGAGCACGGCAGGAUGAGUAUCUCUCUGUCGCCCGCCAUUUUGGGCUCCUGUGCCUGGUUAGUUAAGCUGCGUGGGUUAAUUUCCUGUCUCUGGGGAGACCUCAGACCCCCUUAGCCCCACCCAGAUGUCACAAUAUGGAGUCAGCAGGGAAGAGCAGCUAGCACAGCCCUCCCGUGUCCCCCAUUCUAUCACUAUCCUCCAUGCUGAAGGUGUGGUCCUGAGCUAGCUGCUUGUGUGGCUCGCCCUUGCCUCCUCUGGCACAGGCCCCUGGCUGAAUGGUACAGUGCAUACUCCGGGCAGACCCAGGGUAAAUAGGAGCUCCAGGAACCCGGGCCUACUCUCAUCCACUUUUUAAGUUGGGAGAUGCAAUCCAGUAGACUGUGUCGCUGCUGAGAAACCUGAGACAGGAGAAGAGCUGGGAUGUGCUCAAGGCUUCACAGCAACGUAGUGACAGAGCCACAGAUGAGGAGAGGACAUUAGGUCUGUCCCCAUCUCUGUCUCACAUAUGCACCCCACCACCACCACCAGGGACCAAUGCGUUCUCACCACACCUGCUGACCCCAAGGGUCCUCCAAACCGAGUCCAGCCCUGGCCUCUGCUGUUGCCAUGCUGGUGUCCCCAAGCCAGAAGAUGUUAUCACUUCUAAGUUGCCAGAGGAGGGUCCCCCCAGCCACCACACCAGAGAUGCCCUGGCAGCCACUCUCAGCAUUCUUUCACCACGGCUGUGGCCUGCUGCCCUGCUGAGACAACAUGGCUGCUGCAGGGACAAGGGCUUCUGUCCCGUGGGAAGAGACAGCCUUUGAUCUUGCCCAGACCUUGUUAGAUAGCACACUCAGGCUUCUGGAACUGAGGCUGGAAGGAGGCAGUGGUGGAGGGUUGAAGGUGGGGGGUGGGGCUAGCCUGCAGCCUGAAAGGGCAGAGGGAUAUGGGAGAAUGAGGUAGAAAUUGAGAGAGAAAAUCCAAGUUCCACCUCCUGGCUGGGGGUGUGGCAUGUUGAGGCUCAGGCAGAGAGGAAGGAGCCUGUCCAGGUGUCACACAGGAGUGACAAGAACCUGAGCUUUGUCCCAGCCAGGGCCCUAUCUGUAGAUUCAUUCCAUGAGGCUUCCCUUCUCUCUGCUGUCCUCAGAGACUCAGAAGAGGCCCCACACACAGACACCACACCAGGGGUGAGAGUCAGACCAAGGGGUGGCACAGACAGCCUGCUGUUAUGGAGGCUUCCUUAGUGGCAGGUGGGCAUUGAGAAACUGCCCUUACAUAAGAGAUCCAGCUCAAGGGCAGCCUCUCCUCCUUUAGGGACAUCCCUUUGAAGUGAGACCACCUCCCUGUCUGUCUGAUUGUACCCCCCCCCCCCCCGCUCAGCAGGGGAAGAUGGACUCAGAGCUCUGGGCACCCCUAGGACCAGGGGGACGCUGCAGCCCAGGGCUGACCGAUGCGUGGAAGGGGCAGCACACUCACACACGUGCGCACACACUCACACCCGAAACAAGGAGGCUCACACAUGGCCUGGGAGCAGGGAGACAGGAAGGACCCUUCAACAUGUGGCCCUUGACAGGGGCAAUUGCCAAUGGUCUCUGGGCUGCUGCCCUGCCCUGGGGUCCCGCUUGGAGGGCGUUUGUUGCAGCUGGACUGGGGCCAGGCCACCCAUCGUAUUCUUUCCGUUUACCUUGUACAGACUGCCCGCCUGCCAUCCCCACACACAUUUUAUUUAAUAACUUGUCAUUGUUAAAUUAUUUAUUAGCGUUUCCACAUCACCACCCCCGCCUUCCACUCACCUUCUGCCUCUUCCCACAAAAGCAGAAAAUGGAAACAGCAAGAAAAAAAGACAAGAUGUUGGUAUAUUUGUAAAUAAACAACCUGUACACUCC